CAACAAAGUGGAACGUUCGUCAUAUUCCCGGACUGCACUUUGCGGUAGUUCCGUUUCUGUGAUCGUGGAACGCGUGUUGCUUUAUAAUAGUGUAAUUUAAUAAGGCUCUGCAUUGCUUAAAAUAUUUUUGUCAUUUUUAUCAACCAUUUUAGCGAACUGUUUAAGCUCUUUCAUUGACACUAUAAUAAAAAAUCCAUGGUUGUGAUUUAGUAUUCCUUUAAAAUGCUGGUUCUAAUUCUAUUAUUGAUUUCGUUGACAUCAAUUCAAGCUGAAAAAUCUGUUAAAUAUGCGGCGGUUGUAUUUAGGCACGGCGAUAGAACCCCUGUAAAUCAGUUUCCAACCGAUCCUUAUAACAAUCAAUCGCUUUGGCCGGUAAAAUUUGGAGAACUGACGAAUUUGGGUAAAAGACAACAUUACAUGCUGGGAAAAUGGAUAAGAAAACGUUAUUCGAAUUUGAUAUCCAAGCAAUUUGAUCCAUCAGAAGUUUACAUCAGAUCAACAGAUGUCGAUCGGACACUAAUGUCUGCCCAAGCAAAUCUAGCAGGAUUAUAUCCUCCAACUGGAAAAUCUGUAUGGAAUAAAAAUUUGAUGUGGCAACCAAUACCUGUUCAUACAAAGCCAGAAAAAGAAGACGAAUUAUUAGCAAUGAAAAGGAAAUGCAUUCCAUACACCAAGGAAAAAGAGAAAUAUGAAGACUCGCCCCCUUAUAAAGACAGGCUAAGCAAAUAUAAUGAACUUAUGGAUUACUUGACUGCUUACACGGGAAUGAAAAUCAAAGACUAUACGGACAUUAAUGAUAUAUAUAAUGUCCUCUUUAUCGAGUCUUUAUACAACUUUACUUUGCCUUCGUGGACUCAGUCUGUGUAUCCGGAUAAAAUGAAAGAACCAGCAUGUUACAGCUUCUUUACAGCUGCUGCCACACCCCUGAUGGCUCGUUUACUGGUUGGACCUUUAUUCAAAGAAAUUGUGACCACAAUGGAUAAUGUUAUUGCGAACAAAGAUGAUUCUCUUAAAUUAUCCAUAUAUAGCGGACAUGAUUUUACCAUUGGUAAUAUUCUUACUGCAUUGGAUGUCUUUGAUGGAAACUGCCCGGCAUACACUUCGACUAUAAUUUUCGAACUUUUGGAAGAUAGCGUCACCAAAAAACAUUUCAUUCGGGUAUCUUACAAGAACACUGUUGAAUUAGUUGAACCAAAAAUUCUAGACCUACCAAACUGCGGUAAAAUUUGCUCAUACAAAAAAUUCAUUGACUUGUAUGAUAAUCUUAUCACGGUUGACUGGACCCAUGAAUGCAACAAAAAGAUGUCGAUAAUGUUUGCUAUUGCCUUCUUUGCUUCGGUGUUCACUGUCUUGUAUUUCGUCCACAAGACCCACUUCGAAAGGAUUACUAACCAACACAGGAUUCAACUUGCUUAUGCUAAUGUAGUUAACCAGAAUGGUCAGCAACAGAAGUUUUCGUACAUAUGAUGGUUCAUGAUAAUGAAUAGCCUGAUUCUCAGCUGCUAUUCACUUUUGCUGGCAUUCAAACUGUUCAACAAGUUUCAUAUUAGCUUCUUUCAUGCCGAGGUGUUUGAUGAGGGAGAGUUCUAAUUUGACUUUAUAAGGUGUUUACAAGGAGGUUGGUUUCCAUCAAAGAAAAGUGUAUAGAAGAUGGCAAGACUUAGCUACAUAUUAUUUCUUAAAUGUACUUAAUAUUUCUUUGUAUACUUUCACAAUGUAAAUUCUGUGAAUCUUAGGACUAUGAGACUGAUGUAGACAUUGUGAUAUAAAAUUUGUAGUUACUAUACUAAAAUUUUUAUUACAAAAUUAUUAGGAAAAAAUUAUUUUGAAAGAAUUUUUUAAUACUAUAUUUAUAUAUCGCACAAACCUAUGUGCCCUCAAACUCAUUUUAAUUCAUUAACUAAUGUAGCAAAGUCUGGUAAAGCUGUGGCGGUAACUUUUAAGUGUUUUAAUAGCAGUGAAAAAAAAAAUUCUGUCAUUUUUAAAAUAUUUAAGUGUUUUAAAAAAUCUAUAUGUGGCUAUAACUGUUAAAAGUUUUAAUGUAGUAAAACAAGUUUAAAAACCUAAAAAAAGUUGUAGUAGAUCAUUUAAAAUUCAAUUAUUAUUAAAUUAUAAACCGUAAUUUAGAAUGUUCCAUAUUCAAUUUAUUAGUGACUUAAGUAAUCUUAGUGCAGAGCUAAUAUGCAAGUAACAACAUAUCUCAUAAUAAUUAUUAAAAAAAAAUGCAUGUUCUCUUAGUGUUGUCAACAGAUAAGUAAUCAAUAAAAAUAUUAAAUGUUCCAAAAUUGUCAUGGAGUAUUUAGACUAUGAAAUGUCAAAACUCUAUGAUGAUACAUUUUAAUGUAAGGCGUUUAUUGUCCCAUUGCAGGGUGAAAUCCCUCUGCCUUCCCUCCUGUUACAUAUAUUAAAAAAAAAACCUAUAGCUUUUGAUGUCUAUAUAUAUUGUCUUAGGUAUAUCAAAAUAUUUGUGUAGUAUUUACAGGCCUGAUUUAAAAAGGCAAAUAUAUUUAAGUGUAUUAAAACGAUUUUUAUCUUUAAUGUUCUGAAUCCUAUGUGUCUAUAUGGUCAAUAUCAUCUAAAUGUUUUGGCUCAUUGUGCUGUAUAUUAGGUGGUCGACCACAUUGACCUUCUAAUUUUAGUAUACUGUGUAUGAAUAUUGUAUUGAUACACUAUUUUGGGUACACUUAAAGUGUACUUUUCAAAUAAUAAUUGUAUUUAUUGCAGUGUAUAUGUUACUUAACUGCAUUUUUAGGAAUAGGUAAACUAUUCUUAUCUUAUAUUUUCCUAGAUUUUUUUACAAAGUUACUAUACUGGUCAAUUCCUAUUGCAUUUAAAUAUUGUUUAAGUUUUUAACUUGAGUCUGACUAAGUCAACAUUUUUCAACAAAAAAAGGCAUGGAAAAUUACUGCAGGUGAUUUAAAUUUUCCAGUGUUACUUUGUAGUUGUUAGGUUACUAUUGAGAGUUUAAUUAUAUAAAUUUAUAGUUGCUCUUCAUUUUUAUAGAAGAAAAUAAAACAAGUUUGUCAUGAAUGGAGGAGAGAUCUUGAAAGAUUUAACAGCAAUGCCAAAUUAGUAUAAGGUGGGUAGAGCAUGUAAGGCCACAUAAUAAAAUUACAAUAAAAUACAAUUCAAAUUCAGCUUAAUAUUUAAGA